AUGCUGCUUGCCGUUCUCUCCGUGCUCGUACGUGCUGAUCCAGGUUACGUACACUACUGUACUGUCUAUGUUUCACAUCCACGAACAGCCGUAUUUUCGCUUUGUGUCAUGUCAUUACUAGAAGCGGCCGCUCUCGUCUACUUCAUCAUUCUACUUCAAUCAAAUCAACGACGACAAGUGAAUGAGUUU